AUGCCAUUGGACUUUAAAUUUGAAAUUGGCAAUUCCUUCUUGGUGGGAAGUGCUUUUGGAUUUGCUGGUUAUGCUCUCGCUGCUCGUGCUCAACGUGUUCAUUUUACUAGAAGACCAUGGUUUUUGAUUGCUACUAUGCUGACAACUGGUACUUGCUUCCAAGUUUACAAUGGAAUUCAUGGAGCAGUCACAGAUGAUUUAGUGAGAAAGAGAAAGCUCUACGUCCAAAGAAGAAGGAAACGUUAUGAAACUAAUGACACUCCUGAGAGAAUCAAUGAUGACAAGGAUUUGUACAAGAGUAUUGAAAAGGAUUUGGCUCAAUAA